AUGAGCGCAUGGAAGGAGAUUCGGCCUCGAUUUUUACCAGCUGUGAUCACCAUGUUUCUCCUUCUUCAGGUACUUUUCUUGGUGAACAUGUGCUAUCUUUACGCAACGCAGUUCCGAAGUACCACCCGGUAUCACAAUUUCAAUGUGCUUUAUGUUGACUAUGACGGUGGUGUCAUCGGCAAGUCGGUGUCAGAUGCCUACAACCAAUUACGAGGAGAUGGGUUCCCAAGCUUGCUGCUGCAAUCUGCUAAUGAAUAUCCACAACCAGAGGAUAUUCGAGAAGCUGUAUGCCGGGGUGAGUACUGGGGGGCUGUUUACACCACUGAGGGUGGAUCAGCUAGUCUCGCUUCGGCCCUGGCAGACGGGUCCCGCCCACCGACCUCGCUCACUUACAUCUGGAAUGGGGUGAGAUAUCCAGUCUUCUCACAGGCCGCGGUCUACUCCAACAUCUUGAAACUGAUUGAAACCAUACGGUCGACAUACCACGCCAACAAUGGAUCUGCCGUCGCCGCUUCAGCCAACCUCUCUAAUCCAGCCUCUCUCAAAGCGUUCCUCGAUCCGAUCCACGUGGAAGAAAUCAACAUCAAGGGCACGGAACAAGGUACACGAGUUUUCUACAACACAGUAUCCAUGGUAAUGCCCAUCAUCCAACAAUUCUUUUUCAUGUUGGCUCUAAACGGCAUCUCGACUCAUUUCGACGCAUUCACCAAAAUGUCCUGGAAAGCCAACGGCCUCAUUCGCGUGAUAGCCUCCGUCCUCUAUACCCUCACGGGAGGACUGUUAAUGACCGGCUAUAUCUGGGCCUUCAGAGAGUCCUGGGGACAACAAGGAAGUCGGUUUGUGGUGACUUGGGUCACUCUGUGGCUUCUGAUGCACAUAAACUUCCUCUUUUUCGACAUCACGACCGCUUUCAUACCAAUUCAGUUCAUGCCGUUCAUUGUUCUGACAUGGGUCAUUCUCAAUGUCGCCAGCACCAUCAGCCCAUUUGAGCUAAAUCCGGGUUUCUUCCGCUGGGGCUACGCUCUUCCCUCCCACGAGGCAUACCAAGUCCUGAUACAGAUCUGGUCCGGUGGAUGCAAUAACCGACUCUAUCUUGCACUUCCCAUUAUGUUCUCGUGGUGGAUUGUUGGUGUCCCCAUUGCAGUGUAUGCGAUGCAAUAUCGUUGCAAAACUGCGGUAGCUUCUCAUGAAACCUUGGAUCGCGCACGCCUGGAAAGCCAAUCCGAACCUAAACAUGCGAUUAUCAACGAGCCAGUGACGCCCGUCGGCAGCUCAAGUCGAGAAUUUGAGCAAAAUGGGGACUCAAUUGAGCCUGUUCCACUUCGGCAAGUUGCCUAA